CUCUCAUGGCAACUUGAAACACCUCUGUUCAUUAAGCUUUACACGGUCUCAGCAGUUGAAGUAAUACAUUUUGAGAAGAAUAUUGUUGAAAGUUAAGCUAAAAAAAGAAACCAGUCAUGCCACGAGCACGUUCCCCAGGGUCAGACGCCAGCGAUGUGGACCAGGAGGGUUUGGCGGAGCAAGAGCUCCAGAAGCUCCUGCGACAGCAACGUGUCAUGGAUAAUGACCGUGCUGCAUACACAGAGGAGUCGCAGAAUAUCAUCAGAAAACAGAGGGCGGAGAUGGAACAGCUGGAAAGUGAGAAGCAAGAAAUACUGAAGGAAUUACGAUUGGCUGAAAGUAGAGCCAAUCAGAUUGUGGAUGAUGAUAACACUGACAUGUUGCAGGGAUUGCUAGAGGCCAAAGAUGAGAAGGUGGCUGAGAUAGGCCAGGAGAAGCAGCUUCACGACGAGUUGGACGCCAAGAUUAAGGAAUGGGAGAGGAAGAUCCACGCCCAGCACAAGAAUAUGGGCGGAGUCCACAUGUCAGCUCUCCAUACUGCCAAAGUACACAAACAGACCCGUGUACUGGAGAACAAACUUGAUGGGAAUUUGAAAGAAUUCAACAAGAUGCUCACUCGUAAUGCUUCCCUGCGUGAGGAGAUUGACAGCCUGCGCGUGGAAAGGGCAAGAUUCGAGGGACUUUUUAAGAAACUGGAGAAAGAGCUGAACACACUGAGGAGAGAGAUUGGAGAUAUUGUUGAGCAGUCCACGUCUGCUUAUGAUGCCAGAGAUGAAGCCCAAGCCAAGAUGAUCCUGCUGAAGGAGAAGGCAGACAAGGACAUGCAGCAACACAAUGCUGAAAUGAAGGAACUGAUUAGAAUUAUCGACCAUGACCGCAAGCUGAAGGAGUUCAUGGGGAUCAAAGGUCAGGAGAGGCAGGAAGAUCCACAGCUGGUGGCUUGGAGAAACAAGAAAGAGUCUCUCGAAAACGAGCGUAAGAAAGGAGACCAGGAGGACUCUGUGGAAUCUUACGAGGCUGCCUUCCGCAGGAUUCGCGAGCUCACUGGUGAGGAGGAAAUUGACCUGCUUGUUAACAGGUUCAUUGAAGUGGAGGAUCGUAACUUUGCCCUUUUCAACUACGUCAACGAACAGAAUAAUGAGACAGAGAUGCUACAGGAUCAGAUUCAGGAGAUUCAGAAUGAAAUUGAGAAAUUCAAGGCACAGGGCAUUGAGAUGGAGAAACAACGUAAAAUAAUCUUAAAACAACUGGAAGAGAGACAAGCAGCUGCUUCCAAGAGUGCAGAUGAAUAUGAUGAGAAAUAUAAAGGCACAUCUAAGAUUCUGGACCAGCUUAAAGCAGGUGUGGAAUCUCUGUUCAAUAAGAUCAACUGUGAUAGGUCAGCUAUAGAUGACAUGCUGGGAGCUCAGUCUGGAGUGACCAAUAACAACAUGUUACAGUACCUGGGCAUCAUAGAGCAGAGGACCAAUGAGCUGCUCUCUGUACAGGCAUUUACCUACUCUAAGGAUGAGACGAAGUAUGAUUCAAAGACACCAGGUCUGUUAGGAGAAGGACCAGAUGCACCCACACAACAACCUCAUAUAGUGCCUCCAACUGUUGGCGAUGAAUAUGACAGUGAGGUCAGUGAAGCCAGCGAUGAGGAAAGUCGUCCAUUUACUCGAUCAGAGCUACAACACAAAGUCAUGAAAACUGUUCGGAAACGAGAAUCGGCAGCAAGAAAAGAGGGAUUUAAGUACGAUCUAUCAAACGCCAGAGAAAAGACACAGAAAAAAGAUAAGAAGGGAAAAUAGGUCUAGUCUGAUAAAUGAACUGAUUCUAUGUGUGCGCUUUGAAGCAAUGACUCAAGUUCAGUCUGGUCCCAAGUAACAAAGAAAACUGAAAUCAUGACACACCACAAACAGUGAAAUCAUGACACACCACAGUGUCUGAAUUCUACAUCAAAGUGGUAUGUGUUUGGAGAGUGAACUGAAUGUCCAAUGUAUUUUUGCAUAAUUACUAGGCAGUUUUGUUGUGCCAAAUGACAUUAAGUCGUAUCAUGACUAAAGAAGAACUGAUAAAAAUAUUGACAGAGUGAUGUUUAAGGGAAAUCUUGAUUCCUUCUUCCAUGAAUUCCAGGAGCUUUCUACCCCGAUAACAUAUAUCAUAAGGUGACAAAUUUCUUAUCGCACAGUCAAGUCUUACCUUAAAACUGUCCAUUCAUAUAUAUAUCUAUAUUAAUAUUUUGGAUCAUGUCUCUGAAUGAAUUUUACUUGUAACUGUAUAACUUCCCCCUCUUGUGAGGUACUCUGUAAAGUAAUAUAUAUUUUAUGUAAAUAAAUUUAGUGUAUAUCUUUAAUAAAAAAUGUACAAGAGAAUCAAAAUAUUUUU